CAGAUGACAUUGUGCUGAUGGCCCAAUCCCUAGAGAAGAUUUUUCUUCAGAAGGUGGCCCAGAUGCCCGAAGAGGAAGUUGAACUUCCUCCUCCAGCUCCUCGGAACAAAAACAGCAGGGGAAGAGGUCGUAAAUCUUCUGCAUCAAGGGCUCAGCAGGUGCCAGCAGUGUCCCAGUCAGCCUACUCCCCCUCAUCCUCAGACACGGGGGAUUCCAUGCUGGCCAACUCUCCCCAGACUGUGCUAACUAAAAGCCUGCCACCAGCUAACAUUAUGGGUUUGCCUCCUACACAGCCCACAACCAAGAAGAAAGGUGUAAAACGCAAAGCAGAUACCACCACACCCUCUACCAUGGGCUUCACUACUGUGGGCAUGUCAGGAACGCCGCACAUGGUGGGCUUGGGGAAAGGGGGACACGGGGGUCAAAUCCAUGACACGUCCAUGCACACGGUCUCCUCAAUGGGAAGCAUAAGCUUGGAGACCCCACCUGGGAUUGGGCUCGUCAGGAGUCCUGGAGGCCCUGUCCUGCUCCAGCCAAUGAUGGCUGGCACUGGACGCAGAGUUGGCAGCGGACGCCCCAUCAAACCCCCCAAGAAGGACUUGCCCGAUUCUGUUCAACCUCAGCCCUCAAGGAAGGGAAAACUCAGCCCGCAGCUGAGGUACUGCAGUGGGCUGCUGAAGGACAUGUUAUCAAAGAAACAUGCUGCGUAUGCAUGGCCUUUCUACACACCUGUGGAUGCAGCUGCACUCGGACUUCAUGACUAUCACGAUAUCAUCAAGUGUCCUAUGGACCUCAGCACCAUCAAGAGGAAGAUGGACUGUCGUGAGUACAGAGAUGCUCAACAGUUUGCCAGUGAUGUUAGACUGAUGUUCUCAAACUGCUACAAGUACAAUCCACCUGAUCACGAUGUUGUGGGGAUGGCACGGAAACUACAGGAUGUCUUUGAGUUCCGUUUCGCCAAGAUGCCAGAUGAACCACACAUGGAGCACACAGCCAUGUCCAUGAGUGGGCAUCAAACAUCCUCUUCAUCAUCUUCCUCCUCCUCAUCCUCCUCAUCUUCCUCCACCUCUGAGAGUGAGCCUAGCAGCGAGAGUGAGGAGAGUGAGAGCAGCCCAAGCUCAGACAGCGAGGAGGAGCGAGCACAUCGCUUGGCUGAAUUACAGGACCAGGUGUGCACACAACUCCGAGCCGUGCACGAGCAGCUAGCUGCUCUCUCCCAAGGCCCCAUCGUCAAGCCCAAAAAGAAAAAGGAGAAAAAGGACAAAAAGGAGAAGAAGAAAAAGAAAAAGCUGGAGAAGCGAAAUCGAGGAGUCCGAAGUAGAGCAGGCUCUGAGGAAUGGAAGAUGCCCAGCAAGUUGAAGAGCAAAUCUGCCAAAGCAGGUGGCUCCCAGGCCAAGAAAAGCCAGGGGAAGAAGAGUAACAAGAACAGCAAGACUUCAAAGAAACCUUUCUACCCUCCACUUGCCACUUCCAUGUUACCACACUAUGACUCGGAGGAAGAGGAAGAGAUCGUGCCCAUGUCAUACGAUGAGAAGCGCCAGCUAAGCCUCGACAUCAACAAGUUACCAGGCGAGAAGCUGGGUCGUGUGGUCCACAUCAUACAGUCCAGGGAGCCCUCACUGAGGGACACCAACCCUGAGGAGAUUGAGAUUGACUUUGAAACACUCAAACCAUCCACACUGAAAGAGCUCGAGCGCUACGUGAUGACAUGUCUGAGGAAGAAGCCCCGUAAGCCGUAUGCUGAACAAGCAGCAAAGAAAGGCAGCAUUGGCAAGUCUAAAGAGGAGCUGACCUUGGAGAAGAGGAGGGAGCUAGAGAGGAGGCUGCAAGAUGUCAGCGGACAACUCAAUUCAGUCAAGAAACCCACGAAACCUAAAGUGGAAAAGCCGAGUGCAGUGGAGACUCACGCCCAGCCAUCACGCCUCAGCGGAAGCAGCUCCAGCUCAGACUCGUCCUCUUCCUCCUCCUCCUCCUCUUCCUCAGACAGCAGUGAUUCAGACUCGAGUUGAGAUUGUUAGCAAAACACUAAGAAGUCAAACGCUAAUGUCUCAGGGACUUGGGCUGGCCCAGGACACAUCACGCCCUGAAGCGAUAGUUGGCUGAGAUUGAACACUGCAACAAAAAACACUCCAAAUGGACUCCUGUAAUCCUGUAAUGUUUUGAAUGUUGGACUGAGGGAUGUGGAACAAUGUCUUUGUGGAUUAUUGUAGAACCCAAACACUAAAUGCCUUGUUCUCCCCUUCCUUCCCUUUGUAAAUACUUGUACAAAUUUAUGUUUCUUUUAUAAAGAAGAUUUUUAUGGGGAUCCCUGAAGAGGGAAGUGGAGUAAUAAUUUAAAAAAUUGAUGUGGAAAGACGGGCCUGACUGAAAAAUCUGUUUGG